AUGCAAUACGCACUCAUAUUCGCUGGAGCGGCGCUUGCGCACUUCGCCGAAGCCCAGGGGUCCAAGCAUGGCGGGUGCCAUGGUAAGCAUCACUCUUCGGUGGUGACGGGGACCGAUGAGGUGGCGGCCGUCACCGCGGGCUCCACGCCAUCUGCGCAUGCCGCUUGGGAUCCCCACCACCAUCCCGAGUCUUGGUCGGCAACCCCUUCGUCUUCGGAAAAGGCUACGUCGGCCGCUCCCAGCCCAAGCACCUACUCGUCGGUAGUCUCCAUCUCCACGACUGCACCGGUCAGCGAGACCUCUCCAAGCCGGGUUACUCCCAUUCCUCUCGUCACCUCUACCUCGAGCGCUCCCACUACUCUCGUCACCUCUGCCUCAAGCGCUCCCAACACCCUCGUCAACUCUACCUCGAGGGCUCCCGCCCCCGCUCCCUCGAGCUCCAGCUCCUCCUCUGCCGCUGCACCAUCGAGCCACAGCUCUGCCACCUCGACGUCCUCGACCUCCGCCGCAAGCUCCACCGGCAUCAGCAAGGCCAACCUCACCCCGAACGGCAAGAAAGCAGGGCUCUCAGGCUUCGUAGGCAUCCAGAACAAAUCCGGCUUCAGCGACCUCGCCCCACACAUGAGCUGGUACUCCGACUACACAGCUAACACCCCCGACGCCCAAGACGUGAUGGGCGUCGGCAUGCUCUGGGCCGCCGGCGGCUCGGCCUGCGGGAGCAGCGAGACAGAGCGUCUGGACACGUUCAACACUCUCAUCAGCAGCGGUGUUACCCCGAGCAUAAUGUUCGGGUUCUACGAGCCGGACUGCGAUUGUCCGGACUCGUCUGAGAUGUCUUCUACCAGUGCGGCGAUCGCUUGGGAUAGCUUGAUUGCGCCGCUUGCGGCCAACGGGACUGUGCUCGGCAGCCCGAGCAUGUGCAAGCAGAAAGAUGAGGACUUCUUGACUCCCUUCAACGCCGCCAUCUCCACCACCUGGGACGUGACCUCGAUCCACAUCAAUACGCCCAACGUCAGCGAGGCGCAGAAAGACGUCGAGUACUACGUCGAGAAAUAUGGCCAGCCGGUCUGGGUCAGCGAGUUCGCCUGCGUCAACGACCACCCGACCUGGGCGCCGUGCACCGAGCAGUCGCAGGUCGAUAGCUUCAUCAACGACGUCGUGGCCUACUUUGAGGGCAACGACGACGUUGUGGCUUAUGGUCCGAGCAACGGCGCCGGGCUGGGGGAUGUCUGGCCUUUGACGGACAGCAGCGGGGCUUUGACUUCGUCUGGGCAGACGUACUUGAAUGCUAUCAAGGGCUUGUGA